AAAAGUCAUAACCAUAGUGCGAGUGGCGGUGUUUCUUUGUGUGUUCCGUGUCUUGCAAUAAACCACCUUUUUUGUUGUCAUAUUAGGAAGAAAAUAUAAACAUGAUCAUCAGCAAUUUGUUAGAUAUAUUUCUGCCCACUAUUUACUUUCAAACCGGCUGUGAAAGGUUGUUCAAUGAGCUGUGAGUUGUCAAUAAAACGUGUGUGCCAGGAUGACCACUAAACGUGAAAUGCAGCAGACUGGUCAGUUCCAUCAAGCUAUGAUGAUGAAUGAGGAAGCCAUGCUUAUGAACCAGGCCUUAAGUGCUGCAGCAAACAGUGAACCUGAAGUGAUCGAAGAAGAUGAUACCCGCUGCAUUCUGAAGGAAUUAUUCGCCGACGUGCAAGACAAGGGGUUCGUUUUGAGCAAGUCUUGGGGAGAGCUGCUCUGUUCACUGUCCAAGUUCCAGGGCAAAUUAAUGGUAACAGAAAACAGUUAUGUAGAGCGCGAAAGGUUAAUAAAACAACAGGAGGAAAAGUUAAAACAGCAGACUCAGUCAUGGCCAGAAGAAGUCCUGCAGUUAAAGAGCGCUUUGUCACGUAAGGAAAAGACGCUUGUGGCUUGUCAGGCUGAACUCGUUCAUGUCAAUAAGAUGGCGGAACUUGUCGACGUGGAACAUAACAGCACAAAAGACAUACUGGAGAAGGUUCUACGGGAGAAAAGUGAGGUUGAAGAUAAGUGUGCACAAUAUGAAAUUGAUUUGAACACUAUGAGUCAGAAGUUGCAGGCAUCGCAAGAAGAGUUGGAGAUAAAAGACCAGUUAGUUGCUAAGUUGGAGCAGCAAAUGGUCAAGGAGAUAGCCGAGAGCAUGCAAGAAAUAACAUCGCUGAAGGGAUUGUUAGAGUCACGAGAAGAACUACUGGAAGAGGAGAAAAAAGCUCAUGAUGAAACAAAUAUUAAAUUAAGACAGUUGCAGAUAUCUUACCAAGCCAUGAGAAGAACUCUAAACAGCUCGCCCCAAUAUGUACCUCAAAUGCCCAUGAUGCCAUACCAUGACAAUACCCACAUGGUGUCGCCCCAACCGAGAGAUGAAGUGGCCUACUACCCGACUCCUGGUUCUUCAUAUACUCAACUUUGGAGGCCUGUCAGCAUGAGAUCUGGUGGUUCAUAUUCGGGAGGUCCUCCGGCUAAGGUUCGCCGAGUUGUUACAAGCAGUAGUACCACAGAGAUGUUCCAUGUUGAUGAUAGCACUCCCCAGUUUCCUUUGCAUCAUGGUUUGUUUGAUUUUGAUUCCUCGGCAAACAUUGUUGAACAGCCAUCCUCGCCAAGACCGGUUCCUAGACCGGAAGGACGGCAUUACUCAAUUCCUGAAAAAAGUGUCCCGAGACAAACAGAAAGACGCGUCAGCGUGAUUUCUGAGAAUAAUCGAAGUGAGAACCAGGACAGUGAAGGCUUUGAAAGCGAUGUGCCUGAGAUCAAUGAUUUCUGCCAACGGAAGUCAACUGAUGGUUAUUAUGCAACCUCUUCCAUUUUGCAAGACGCACGUUCACGUGUUGCAGCUUUCAAGGAACAAUUGAAGCAAAAGAGAAAUGAAGCAUUUGGUAUGAACGGUGGUGCUGUUGGCAGCCAUAUUUUGGGAUCUGGAAACAAUUCAACUGGUACCCUUCUCAGUAGGCCCCAUCCUCGUAAGCAACCUCCAGUUCAUGGUGAUGAUUUCACAGUAGACGUGGAUCAACCUAGGGCAACCAGAGGCUCGAAACCGAGUGCGUCAACAUCAAAAACACUGGAUAGAUCACCACCGAUUGCCACCAGCAGUUCUAACCAGGUGGUGCCAGACACUGGAACUAAGUCGCCAGUGAAAUCAUGUAGUGUUGUACUGAGCCGAGUUAAAAUUGAAAAGUUAUCUCCCAAGAAGUCUGACACCCCUAGCCCACAACGUACUUCACAGCGAUCAACCAUUAUCGGGUCUUUGGGUAAAAAGGUUGUGGGUAGUUCUCCGUCUAGUGGUGAAGUACGGGGAGCUACUAUGGUUGUUAAUAAAGUAUGGAAAGCGACCAAGUGUGCCGUUUGUAGGAAGCCUCUGCCUUCCAUGGCGAUGUAUAUCAUUCAUGCUAAGAAGGAACACCCAGGUGUUGAUGUUUUCAAAUGUUUGGAAUGUAAUAAAGUCUUUCCUGAUCCUUACGCCCUGAGGCAACAUAGCAAGAAUAAGCAGUGUCCAUCAAUAUAAAAUUGUUAAAUUACGAGGAAUCUCCAUGGCAGUAUGUUUUUGGUGUCCUGGAGAGCAUCCAAAAAUAGGAGAUUCUGAAGAGAAAUAUUCAUAUUGCAUUUGGUUUACUCCUUGAAAGGCAUCUUUCAUAUUUAGAUGGCAAUAUCAAGUUUUUUGAGCUUCUCCAGGAUAAAUUUUCUCAUGUUUUGUGUUUGUAUUGCCUGGUCUCCUUCAAGCAGAUCAUUUAGAGUUUGCCGAGAACUUUUAUGUAUACAUGUACAUUUAUUACUGAAAAUGUUUAUACUGGUCUCCAGAACUUAUACAUUCAUAUUGCAUUUGGUGUUAACUUUAUUUUUACUGUUAUCAGGCCAUGCAUUACUGAUAGCACCAGUACAUAAUGCCUUGUGGUAGAACAUACCUGGAGUUUGAAUUUUUCUUUAUUGUCCUUACCCCCAAGAUUAGCAUGCAAUGAUAUGAAAUAUUUGAUGACGUCACGACAAUUUGAAUACAUGCUGUUCACUCACCCUCCCAGUCUUUCAACAUGGUGUUUAUUGAGAAAAGCCAUGUUAAACCAGUCUCCUGUUAAUAUUUCUCUCGAUAACAUAGUAAUGCUUAACCCAUGAUGUACAAAAGUCAUAUUCAGGUAUACAGUGUACACUUUAUCUUGCUCUCAUUCUGUCUCAUCAUGCCAAUGAUAAUAAGAACAUUAUUUUCUUA